AUGGCUUCAUCAUCAAAUUCACAUAUGCCACCACCACCUCCCAACAAUCAAUCUCUACCUCUUCCACCACAUCUAGCUUCGUUUCCUGCUGUCUCAUAUCAGGAAACCGCGCCAAUGUCUAAAGAACAAUUAGAUCCUAAAUCGAAAAAGUGGAUUCAAUUUCAAGCUCGAAAGUAUGCAGAUAAACAACUCAAAACCAUGAUUGCGAUUUGCCAACUGGAUGAUCCUACUGAUUUUUUUGGAUUGGAUUGGUGUUUAGACGUUCGAAAAAUUAUCAAAGAUCGUGGUGAUCUUUCAAAUCGAAAGUUUAGAAUUGACAAAAGAGUUCAUUUAGAUGCCCUUGAAUAUGUUCCUCUUGCAUCCGACGCGAAACGCGAUCGAAGACAUUUCAACAGGAUGUGUUUCCCUCCUUUCGAUGACAAAGAACCACCACUCGAUUACGGUGAUAACAUCCUUGAUACCAAACCUUCAGAAGCCAUACAGAUGUAUCUAGAUGAAGAUGAAGACACUCCAGUCUUUGAUUGGUUACAUGAUCAUAAACCACCAGCAAAGAAGUACAAAGGUGUUCAAUACGUCAACGGGACGAGUUACAAAUCUUGGCAAUUGAACUUGGGGAUGAUGAGCACACUUACUCGGAUCGGUCGAAAUUUGAUCAGUGAUUUCAUUGAGGAUAAUUACUUUUAUCUCUUCGAGCAAAAGGCUUUCUUUACUGUGAAGGCAAUGAACAUGGCGAUCCCUGGAGGCAGGCUCUCUUCGCUAUCAUUGAUUCUUCUUUGUAUUGAAUCGUAUGAUGACGAGUGGAAUGAAUUUAACAAUAUCAACAAAGUCAUCAUUCGUCAACAGAUCCGGACCAAAUAUUGUGUGGCUUUCCCUCACCUUCAUAAUUCAAGACCUCGAAGUGUUCAUAUUCCCAAAGUAUCACAAAGUCAACACUUUAUUCAUCUGAGUCAAAGAUCCUGA